GAGGUGGCCGGGGAUUCGGGGCCGGGCUGAGGGCCUGCUGCGGGCCUCGGCAGCUGCGAGGCUGUCGCCGCGGGCGGCGCGUCUCCCCGGAGCUGACUCCCGCGGCACCGAGUCUUUGCGGGUCGGGACCCGGGGGGCCGCACCGCGCUGGGCUCAGGCUGAGUACACCGUCACAUCCUAGCCACCAGCAUGUCUAUUGGUUUUACCUCCCAGAUGUCUUGACUUUGUCUGCUUCUCUGUCACCACAUUGAUCUAAGUCUCUUAUCUCCUACUUGGACCAUGACCUUCAGUCUUCUGGGAGGGAGUGUGAAGAUGCUUAAAGAGUGUCCAGGGAUGGCAGAAGAUCGUCAGCAGCAAAUGGGUGUCCCUGUGGUAAAACUGGAGAAAGAGUUGCCGUGGGGCAGGGCGAGGGAAGGCCCCAGCCCGGAGACUUUUCGCCUGAGGUUUCGGCAGUUCCGCUACCAGGAGGCGGCUGGUCCUCAGGAGGCCCUCAGGGAGCUCCAGGAGCUCUGUCGCCAGUGGCUGCGCCCCGAGCUGCACACCAAGGAGCAGAUCCUGGAGCUGCUCGUGCUGGAGCAGUUCCUGACCAUCCUGCCCCGGGAGUUCUACGCCUGGAUUCGGGAGCACAGCCCGGAGAGCGGCAAAGCCCUUGUGGCCGUGGUGGAGGGCUUCACGGAGGGAGCCAAGGCGGUUCCGUGCCGUGUGCAGGGAGAGCAGGAGGAGACAGCACUUUGCAGAGGUCCUUGGGAGCCAAGUGUCCACCUGGGGCCCGUGGAGGUCAAACCCGAGUGGGGGCUGCCCCAUGGGGAAGGAAUUCAAGGCCUCGACCAAGGCGCUGAGGAGCAGCUCAACCAGGAUCCUGGAGAGGGGACGCAGGCCUUCCAGGAGCAGGCUCUGCCAGUUCUUCCGGCUGGUCCUGGCCUCCCUGCAGUGAGCACCAGAGACCAGGAGAUGGCAGUGGGGUUCCUUACAGCUGGAUCCCAGGGGUUGGGCCCAUUUAAAGACAUGGCCCUGGCUUUCCCCGAGGAGGAGUGGAGGCACGUGACCCCAGCCCAGAUAGACUGCCUUGGGGAGUACGUGGAGCCCCAGGACUGCGGGGUCUCACCUCCAGGCCUGGGGAGCAAGGAAAAGGAGGCGAAGACCCAGCCGGCAGACCCCAAGGGGCCGCUUGCUCGGGGGCCGGCAGAGAGGUUUGGGGAAGCCUCUCUCCAGGUCCCGGAGCUCGGAAGAACCUGUGAGCAGGAGGCCGAGAGCUCGGUGGGGAAUGCGCCCGGGCCGCCCCCUCCCCAGCGCGGCAUUGCCCCCCUGCCUGAUGACCUCAAGACCCACAGCUCCUUCUGGAAGCCUUUCCAGUGCCCCGAGUGCGGAAAAGGCUUCAGUCGGAGCUCAAAUCUGGUCAGACACCAGCGGACCCACGAAGAAGACAAGUCCUAUGGCUGCGGGGAGUGCGGGAAAGGCUUUGCGCUGCGUGAGUACCUCCUGAAGCACCAGCGGACCCACCUGGGCAGGCGGCCAUACGCGUGCGGCGAGUGCUGGAAGACCUUCAGCCAGCGGCACCACCUGGAGGUCCACCAGAGGAGCCACACGGGCGAGAAGCCCUUCCAGUGCGGGGACUGCUGGAAGAGCUUCAGCCGCCGGCAGCACCUGCAGGUGCACCGGCGGACGCACACCGGGGAGAAGCCCUACACCUGCGAGUGCGGCAAGCGCUUCAGCAGGAAUGCCAACCUGGCCGUGCACCGGCGGGCCCACACCGGGGAGAAGCCCUACGGCUGCCAGGUGUGCGGGAAGCGGUUCAGCAAGGGGGAGCGGCUGGUCAGGCACCAGAGGAUCCACACUGGGGAGAAGCCCUAUUGCUGCCCUGCCUGCGGCCGGAGCUUCAACCAGCGGUCCAUCCUCAACCGGCACCAGAAGACGCAGCAUCGCCAGGAGACCCCAGGGCAGUGAGGGCGCCCGGCCGAAAUGCCCGUCUUUUGCUCACAGAAGGUGCCGGAGAAGGUGGGGCCUUCUGGAACCACCAGGCGGAGGGAGACCUCAUUGGAGGAUGCGCCCCCCCUUUACUCACUGAAGGGUUGGGGGUGUCGAGGGACGUUGGGGGCAGAGAGGCGCUUUCACCCAUUUUCUUUCCACUCGUUUUACACAUAGGGGAAGGGAGAGGCCUGGUUUAUUUGAGAGGCCAGAGGGCACAGCAUCUCACGUCUCCUACCCAAGUGGGGCUCGUACUUUCUCUUACCCUUUUUGAGGAAGCGGUAUCCGGAGUUUCAGUUCAGGUCCUGGUUUUUCUCCUUCAGUGGAUGUUCACGUCCACCUCCUGAGCGAGUCUGGUUGUCAAGGUGAAAUCUUGUCCCGUGUCGGCAGCUUGAACCUCGUUUUUCUGAGGGCUGUGUCCCUGCAAGAACAUUAGCUCUGUCUCCCUUCCUUCCCCUAGUUCUCUUUUCCAUUUAACAGAUAUUUAUUUGCUAAAUAACACCUACUGUGCGCCUGGUUCUGGGAGUGCAGUGAACGAGACAGAUGAGACCUCAUUCCCCUGGAGCUUGUGAUUGGGCCCUGGAAGCAGACUCGUUAAUAACGCAGAGCGCCCUCAGUUCCCUUCACAGCGAGUGCCGAGAGAGAGGAAGUCCUCUCAGGCUCAUUCUGCGCUCCUUCUGCCCUGCCCCUCCAGGUGCCUGAUCUUUUCCUCCCAGCUGGGGUCGCUCAGGCAGCCUCCUUUAUUUUACUUUAUUUGCGGCCCCCUUUGUCUCUGUGACAGUCUACUCGUUGGUGGUUUCCCCAUUCCAUUAUUCCUUGAACAAUAACAACUGUCCACACAUCUGUUAGGAAAUUAAUAUUUUGCUUUUGAUCAGUGUAUAAACAUGAGAGUAUUUUAAACAAACAUCCAGGUCUGUAUAAAAUUCUAAUUAAAUGGGGCCGAAAGAUGAACUAGUAUUAAUACCCUGUAUUUGAUGGCCCUUUACAAUAUAUAAAAUGUGCUGCU